UGUUGUUUCUCCGUUUCAUUUUUGUUGGUGUUUUUUUUUGUAACAAACGAGUUUUAGCCUCAUUAGAAUGGGCCCAAGAAGUGGAAAACAGAAGAAUGAAACGAGACCUUAGUCUUUGACCCAAUUUCCCCUUAGACGGAAUUCAAAUUUGUGCUGUGAAUCAUGUCACGAAGUCAAGAGAUGCCACAGCUUGGUUUUUCGGGAUCAACGCAUCGUACCCCAAAACAGGCAGAAUCACUUGGGCAUAAAACAUCACAAACAUCCUCACAGAUUGAGGAAGAGCAGUAGUGGCAAUGACAGAGAAAUUCCAAAGUGUCUAAGACUACAGCCAGGCCAGCCGCCCUCACCAGCACAAAAGAGAUGUUACUGACUUGACCUGAAUCUCUUUGUUGAACUUUUGAUUUCAUUGAAGUGGCCAGAAUUUCAGGGAAAGUUCCCAGUCGCCUGUCUCCUGUCCCCUGGGCCACAGAACUUAAUGGUCAAGUGAGCAGCAGGCCCACAGAGAUGCAAAGAUCACAGACUCAGUCUCAGUCUCGGAUCUCAGUUUCAGUUUGGUUUCAGUUCAAUUUUCAGUUGUCGGGUUUGUUUAUUUUCAAGCCCGCAACUUUCGCGCUUUCGCCAAACAACAAAAAAUGUCUCAGACGGAGAGAGAGAGAGAGCAUUUCGUUCCACACAAUGCGAAAAUUCUCAGCUUUCUGCUGCUGGCCCACUUGGGUCUUGGCCAGUCGCAGCAAUCGCCCGCAACGGACUACGGUGAGGCGCAGCCGCCUGAAGGCUACUACGCCUUUGUGGAGUCCCCGAACGCCUUGCCACCAAGGGUCAGGCCGCCACCGUAUACCUUCGUGAAUUCGGACUGUAAGGAUGUGGCUGCGGGCAAGAAGUCGACCGUCUCCGUGCACAACAUCUGCGGCGAUCUGAACAAGGUACAGAUACCCAAGAAUCCUCUCGGACAAAACGUACUUGGCGAGCCCUAUCCCUUCGAGCUUAUACGCAACCAGACGCUGAAGUUCCUCUCGAAGACUCUGCCCGUGCUGAAGGCCGACGACACCUUGCCCAAGGUCACCCAGAUCAUACGCGACGAGCCCGUGGAGCCGCUGGACAACAACAACAUCGACAGGCCCUCUCCCGGCUCCGGAUCCACACGCAUUCGUCGCAGCGUCCCCGAUGGCAUACAGUCCAAUGAGUACAUCUACUUCGAUCGUGCUUUGGACGAGGAGGACGGACACCAUCAGCAGCAGCAGCAGCAGCGAGAGGAGCAACAGAAAAGAGCCGCCGAAGAGCGCAAACCCCGAAAGUUCUGCGAUGGCGGUGGUGUAUUCUGCACAUUAUAUCGGGCCAUUCAUGGAGACACUGGCAGUGCUGCCGCUGCCACGCCCACAGCAGAGAGACGGGAGGAAGUGGGACCCAUUAGAUAUGAGGGUCCGCCCACACCCUGCCCCGCCAAGGUGGAGUAUGCCACGCCAGUGUUCGCAAAGAACUACCAGGGCGCCUGGCGCUAUGUGGUCCAGAUCCCCUACGAGGGCUACUUCACCCAGACGUUGGAGGUGACGCGCUGCAUCCAGGCCAGGUGCCACUAUCUCGACGGUGGAUGUCUCUCCUCGCCCCGCUGGGUUAGCCUGCUGGUUGCAGAGAUCUUCUACCCCAAUGCGGAGGACACGGUGCCCACCAGCUCAACGACCACCCAGGCGCCCUCGGUGCAGGACUUCCAGGCCUAUCAGCAGUACCUGCAGAAGCGUGCCGGUGUGGCCACCGCCUCCGAUGGCACCUCCUCCACGGGUCCGAAUGGAGCCGGAGCGGGUGCGGCGCCAGCCGAUGCCCACUGCGAUGGGCACGAUGAGCUGGGCUGCUUCCAGGUGCGCCUCUACUACGACUGGUUCUUGAUCCCCGGCUCCUGCAAGUGCUGGCGUCCGGACUACUUUGCCAAAUACGUGCGCCGGAAGUCAGUGGCCGAUUUGUGAGAGCUCCAUGAGAUCUUUAGAUCCUUAGCAGAAGUAUACUCUUUAGCAGUUAAGAGAGAAGGAUCGAGAUGAAGGGCUCAUUCUAGUGAUCCUGGUGAAGCAUCCAUCGGCUAGGAUUGCGUAGAGUCUGCAGUUCGUGACAGAUCCCAGAUACAAUUUUAACUUAGGCGAUUAGCUCCCUCUUUGACUGAUUAAGCCAGGCGCAUUGAAUUUCUACUAAUAAAUAAAUAUA